CUCACCAGUGCCCUCUGAGCCGGCUAGGAUGUUCGGGCUGUUCAGCGUCUGGAGAACCGUGGACAGCGUGCUCUUCUACCUGACGCUGAUUGUGGCUCUCGAGGGGGUGGUCGGUAAUGGGCUGGUGCUCUGGAACCUCGGCCUCCACAUCAAGAAGGGGCCCUUCUCUGUCUACCUGCUGCACAUGGCCGCCUCGGAUUUCCUGUUCCUCUCCUGCCAUGUGGGCUUCUCCGUGGCCCAGGCUGCCCUGGGCAUCCAGGACACGCUCUACUUCGUGCUCACCUUCCUGUGGUUCGUGGUGGGGCUCUGGUUGCUGGCGGCCUUCAGCGUGGAGCGCUGCCUCUCUGACCUCUUCCCUGCCUGCUACCAGGGCCGCUGGCCCAGACAUGCCUCAGCUGUCCUCUGUGCCCUGGCAUGGGCCCUAAGCCUGCCAGCCGUGCUGCUGCCUGCCAACACCUGUGGCCUGCUACGCACCAGCGUGCGCCCCCUGGUCUGCCUGCACUACCACGUGGCCAGCGUGGCCUGGCUCCUGCUGCUGGCUUUCGUGGCCUGUGUGGCCGGCGUGGUCCUCUUUGUCUGGGUGGCCUGCUGCUCCACGCGCCCUCGGCCCAGGUUCUACGGCAUCGUCCUGGGCAUGCUGCUCCUGCUCUUCUUCUGUGGACUGCCCUUGGUCCUCUACUGGAGCCUGCGGCCCCUGCUGAACUUCCUGCUGCCCAUCUUCUCCCCGCUGGCCAUGCUGCUGGCCUGCGUCAACAGCAGCUCCAAGCCCCUCAUCUACUUGACAUCAGGCCGGAAGCCCGGGAAGCGGGACCCGCUGCGGGUGGUGUUGCGGAGGGCCCUGGAGGAGGGCACUGGGCAGGGCACUGGGAUAGUGCUGCCUAUGGGCCGCUUAUAGGUGGGCUUGCCCUGCCCACAAGGCCUGCCAGGAGACGCCCACCCUUGCCCAGACGCUUCCAGGGCCGGGAGGAGCCCCGCCCACAACCUAGCUCUUACCCUGAGCACCUAAGGGCUGGACACAGCUGGGGAGACUUGGUCCUGACCACCCCCCAGCCAGGCGUGCUGAGGGUAAGGGACGCAGGGAACCGGAGCUGGAGGGAGGUUGGGCCAGGUGGGAGAAAGGAGAAGCCUCCUGAACAGGGGCAAGGACAGGCACCACGCCCCCCAGGCCCCGCCCAGGCCCCCUCACCCAGCCCCUCCCACCCUGCUGCACCUGAGUCACACAGAGAAAACUGAAGUAAAGCAGAGCCAGCCCCCAGCCCAUGAUGGGGGGCUGCUGGAUGGGAACCCAGGCCUCCAGGCUCCUGCCGCCCUCCAUGCCGCCUGCUGGCUGAGGCUCUGAUUCUCCCACUGCACAGUGUGUGGGGGGGAACUGCUCCUUGCUCUCCACCCCCCUCAGCCAUCAUUGUCCUGCCCACCCCACGUGGGCUACACCCAAGGCUCUGUCUCCCUCUCCGAGGCCCAGGACUUGCAGGUGCCCGAUGUCACCAGCAGAGGCCGCCAGGUGGUGCUGCUUCUGCGCAGAACAGACCCAGCCCCGUGGGCCGGCGGGCCAGGUGCCUCCA